AUGGACGACUGGAAUAUGCUAUCGGAGCAACAAGGGGGGAUGGUUUGGGCCAGGCAGAUAGACAACGAUGUGGGUGGAUUUCAGUUCAUGGACAAUUCAACGUCCUCAAUCAUCAACAACCUCAAGUUCGCCGUUGCCAAGCAGGUCCGAUCCAUGAUUAUUAUUCUUGCUGGGUUUAAUAUUGCCAUGGCGGUGGUUCUGGCAUUCGUCAUUUUUCGGAAUUGCUACAAGGGAGCGAAGAGGAGCGAUCCAGCUUUUGGAUUCCGUUCGUCCGUCUUCAAAUUUAUAGAAACAUCAGAAAUAUUCCCCUUCGUCUUAUCUAUCGGCAUAUCAAUACAGGGUAUUGUAUAUGUGGUUAGCCAGACCAAGGGGCUGGAGGGGCUCCUGAUCCUCGGAUGCACGUCAAUAUCUCAGGCCAUGUUGCCGGCCUUAUUUACUGUCCCGUAUAUACAGCUCAUCUUUGGUUUGGAAACAGCCGUGCAAGCACUGAGGCGGCGACCAUUUGAACGGCGAUCCAGAUGGGUCAUUGUUGCCUGUCUCGUCGUUGUCAUCAUUGGUGCCGUGGCGAUCAUCUCCUCUCAAAACCCACUCGCACUGACACAAAUACAACUGAACCUAAACAUGGUGGCUUCCGUGGCAAGUAACGUAUCGGGAAUCACAUUUGGCGUCCUCUAUCUCUUCCUCCGCUCUCGAAAGAUGCAGAAGAUUGGCCCGCUGGGGCAUCUUGAACUCGGCGGCCCACGAAAAGAAAAAUCCGUCGAAUCAUGGCCCGGGACAGAUAUUUUCAAUACGCAGAUCGAGCAGCCGGUAUCACCGGCGAGGAUAUUUGAGUCUCGCGCAAGUACAAGAAUGUCAGAGGCUAUUGGAGAGACUGUGGGAAACACAAACAGAAAGGGUCACAGCCUUGAGGCGAUCCAAACAACAUCUCCGUUCAAUAGAGCCGCUGCUGACGGCUCCGAGCUGAUGAAUGGGGCUCCGUCGCCAGUUGUGACUCGGGCUCGGAAAGACUCGUACAGUUUGUUUCCAAGUCAACGAGAAGUGGUUGAAGCGAGACCCAAAGGCAGCAGCGGCAUUCUUCUCCCUUCCACGACUUAUUCACCAACGAGAGGCAACGAGAAUACAACACUCGACAACGGGAUAUUCAUAGAUUUGCUGCCGCCACCUUCGAUCCGCAUUUCGGGCGCUCCUAGACACAACCGAGACUCUUCGCUGGUGUCUUCCGCCACAGUCCAGAUUGGUCUGAGAGUUUCCAACCUCAGCGAUGUGACGCGUUUGGAAGCUCCAUUCUACUUCUCCCCUGAGCGGCCUUUUUCACCUUCUCGUCCCGAUUCCUCGUUAGCUGCCAGGCCCUCAUAUAUACCCACUUCUCGUGACAUUGGCGUAGCUGUCAGUGAUGACUACAGGAAUUCGACUCGCUCGCCUAUUGGGACAACCGCUGAGAUGGAGCAGAGUGAAAAGCCCAUCACUCUCAGUCCUACAGUAUACAGCCCAAACAAUGCUCUAUCUCCACGUGCAAAGGCAAGGCGCAGGAGCAUCGAUUCCAUUUCUUCGACGAUAGGUGCUUCCAACGCCGAUGCUAGCUACUCUGUUGGAACAACGGAAUGGAUUUAG